UCAAACACACACUGAUGAACUUUGCUCCGUUCCGCUCCCUAUCUGCUGUAUCACCAGGCUCAGGACAAAGUCGGACAAAGACGCUUUUGGCCUCUCGCUGCUUGAAAACAGCCCACAAAAACAAGGCAGUGAGGACAGAGAAGGAAGAAGCUGAGAUCAUGGAUACGACGUCGUCCUUUUUAAAAUCUGUGACCAAGCGGGUCUGGUCCCCCCCCCAGCGGCCCUUCAGAGUGUGCGACGACACCAGGGAGACCAAGAAGGGAAUCACAGCCGGGACCCUGGAGGAGCUGAAGCAGAGGGACGGCACAGAGGUGGACUCCGACGACUUCCUCAUGACUUUACCCGACAACACCAUGCUGAUGGCCCUGGAACCCGGCCAGAUGUGGAAACCCCUGCCUGGGACGGUGGUCAUCAAAAACCACGACAAGCCCCGCACCGGGAAAGACAUAGCGCGGGUGACCUUUGACCUGUACAGAUUGAGCCCCAUGGAUGUGUUCGGCUCCCUGAGUGUGAAGGCCACGUUUCAGGGCCUGUAUUCUGUGAGUGCCGACUUCCAGUGUCUGGGGCCCAAGAAAAUCCUCAGAGAGACGCUCCGCCUGGCCUCCACCCUCCUGCAGGCCGCCGGGCACCUGCUGAUCAGCUCCGCCUCCGUCCUCCGCCGCAUUAUCGAGGGGGCCGAGCUGUGGCAGCCUCAGAGGGCGGAGUACACCACCAGCUGGCACUGAGGGACCGUUUUAGGAGUGGAUUAAACACCAGCCUCUCAUCACGCAUCAUCCUCCCGCCAUUAGGCUUCUCCUCUGGGAGCAACAGAACCUGAAAAAAUCAGUGAUUUAAGCUCUUUUGUGACAGAAACGUCAGCUUAUGUAAAGUCUUUCAAAAUUACGAUUAUGAAUGUUUUAAACUAAAUACAGAUGCACCUGUAUUUUGCUGAUAGAAAAAAGCCAAGUAUCACAUUUGUGUAGAUUUUCUGCUUUUGUGCCAUACAGAUUGAGAAUGUCAGAGAACUGUUCUAUAUUUUUGUUAAUUUGCGAUAAAUGUAGUUUGUUUGUUUUUUUUAGAGGAAACGGUCAAAUGAUUUGAUUGUUUCAACGGAUGUUGAACAAAAGUGCUUUAUUUGAACAUAAUAAAGAGGGAUAACACUGACUGAAA